CGCCGACAGGUGACAAACUUUGUAUCAUGUUAACGUUCUCUAUGUCAUCGGCGCAUUUGUAGUCCAACGUUGUACGUACACCUACGAUAUCGUAAUGCGUCACAUUGCAGAUGAUGUCAUCGACAAUGUACGGCGUUUUUUCAAGUAAAGAAUUGACAUGUUACCAACGAAGCGAAAGAGUUUGACCUUCAACGGUAGUCGUCCAACCAGUGCCCGGAGAGGCUCGGUCGAGGAACAGUCCGUUGACCUGUUCGGCGUGCAAUUCGAGGUUACCAGCAGACUAUUGGAAGCUGAACGGCGUCGACUGUCAGCGCUAAAAAGAGACUUGAGUCAAGUCGAUCACAAAGAGGCAAUAGCAAAAGAUAGACAUAGAGAAUUAGAACGACAACAGCAAUAUUUUAGUCGUCUUCAGGUCCAACAUGAUCGUCUUGAGAAAGAGUACAGAGAAAACGCAAUGGGGGUUUUUAAAAUACAUUACAACCGAUCUGUCAAGUCACAAAGGAGUCAACCUCAUAUUGGUAUAAAACAGACAUCCAAAGCAAGGCCCAGCAUAUUUGGUACGAUAACCAAAGAAAAGGCACCAAGCAAAGAUGCAACUAAACGGAGAAGUUUACCACAGACAUCCAACCUUGCCACUAUGUUUGCAUAUCACCACCAUAAUGGAGGAAUACCGAACGGACAUGCCGCGGUAGCUGAAGACGAUAGGUUAGACUGUAACGCUUUAAUUUACCAUGAUGGCAACCUGUUCUCGGGUUCAAUAGAAGCUCUCAUACAGCACAUAGUGCCAACAGCAGACUACUACCCUGAUAGGACAUAUAUAUUUGCAUUCUUGCUUUGUAGUCGAUUAUUUAUGAAACCAUAUGAAUUAUUACAAGAAGUAUGUGAGUUAUCAAUUUUACAACAGAACCUUCUCAAUAGACAUAUAGAUAGAGCUCAGUUCAGUAGAUUUGGACCAAACCUCGUACUGUUAUUAAGCGAGUGGACAGAAACCUUCCCAUAUGACUUCAGAGAUGAGCGAAUGAUGAGACAUUUAAAAGAAAUCACCCAAAAAUGUGCAUCAAUUGAUGUAAAUCUAAGAAAAAGCAUAGGCCAGCUUAUGCAGACUCUAAUUAGGCGGCUUGCAAUGUUGGAAAAGUACGAGGAAAUCCUUGCCAAAGUAAAUGCAGCUGCCGCUGAUCGUAUGCAUAUGCUUCGAGCCAAUCCUGCAGCGUUCCAAACAAACGUUAUAGAAAUCUGUCCCGAUCCGUACAUCAUGGCGCAGCAGCUCACACACAUAGAAUUGGAAAGGCUGACAAACAUCGGUCCUGAAGAGUUUGUCCAAGCUUUUAUGAAAAAGGAAACAGACGAUAUUAAGAUUCCAUUCCAAGAUAUCAAAAAAACGAAUAACCUAGAGGCCUACGUGGAGUGGUUUAACAGACUUAGUUAUUUCGUGGCAACAGAAGUGUGCAUGCACAUUAAGAAAAAACAUAGGGCCAGGCUUAUAGAAUAUUUUAUCGAUGUUGCCAAGGAGAGUUUUAAUAUUGGUAACUUCAAUUCGCUCAUGGCGAUUCUAGCUGGUUUAAAUAUGUGUCCUGUAUCAAGGCUAAAAAAGACAUGGGCCAAAGUGAAUACGGCUAAAUUUGAAGUACUAGAGCACUUGAUGGAUCCAACGUCAAAUUUUUCGAACUAUCGACAGUCACUGAGGGCAGCCAUCCAGCGUUCACAGGCAUCCAUUGGUGGAUGUGAUCGCAUAGUAAUUCCAUUUUUUAGUCUUCUUGUGAAAGAUAUUUAUUUCCUGAAUGAAGGUUGUGCAAACAAGAUAGCGAAUGGACAUGUGAAUUUUGAUAAAUUCUGGCAACUUGCCAAACAGAUUACUGAAUUUAUCACAUGGAAACAAGUGGAUUGUCCGUACUCCAGGGACCGACAGGCACUUAAUUAUUUACUUACUGCACCUGUAUUUACAGAAAAUUCUCUGUAUUUAGCUUCAUACGAGAGUGAAAAUCCAGAAAAUGAAUUCGAAAAAGAAAGGUUUAAAACAUUCAGAGGAAAGAAGCCCUCACACAGUAAGUGAUUCGCUCUUUACUUGACAAGUGUGCGUAGCUGACAUUUGAAUGGUGCUAUAUGAUGGAAUUAACAAGAUGCGGUUCUCUGACAUGAAGCGGUGACAUUGGCCAAAUCUUGAGAUAAAACCAAGUGUGCCAAGACUGUGGAACAUGGAGACCAAGAAAGAAAACAUGGCAGUCAAUUGAAAAUGCAGUAUUUUUUGGAGGUUCAUGUUGAAGGUGCCUUCCUCCAAAGACGUAUAUAAAUAUACAGAAAAACAAGUUUCUGUAUAUGUGAACACUUGAGGGCGCUAUACAAUAUACGAUCAGAGUGUAAAUAUUUUAUUAAAAAUUGUAAGCAGUAUAUGUUUUAUAGCUAAAAAAAUAGAGAUAUUUUAAAAGUUGCAAGUAUGAAUUUUAUCAUAAAAUGUUUUUUUUUUAAAGAAUUGUCGAUACAAUCAUUUGCAGAGCUUAGCCAUCAGAGUACUAUGCAAUUAUAACUUUUAAUUGACAUUGUAAGAAAAAUAAUGUGUUGCCUUGUUAAUAUAUAAGAUUGUUUAAAUGUUCUGUUAAAUAACAGAAUUCAUAGGAUAUUGACUAUCCUAGAUUUGAACUUUUGCAUAUUGUGCCUCUCCCCAUGACUGGUAACUAAUUUACCCCAACACACACUUAUUGUGGCCAUACCCUCUAAUUCACAAUCACUAAUAUUUCUUUCUUGUAAUAUUGACAUAACUUUGAAGGUAUUAUAUUUCCUUCCUGUUGGAUUGUCAUAAUUAAAUUAAUUAAAAAUGAAACAAAUGCAUUUGUAGGUCAAAUCACAACUAUUAUUAUUGCAAAAAAUUGAAUAUUUAGUAAAUCUAUCACUCCAAAGCCUAGGAAGGAUGUGGCUAAAAUGUGUGGAAUGGAAUUAAAUUUCAUGUAAACAAUUUAUUUCACACAUGUUGUAGAGAGCCCACAUUCAACACGGUGCAUUGCGUCGUUUGUGACGUUUUAAUAAGAACCUCCUUGGUUAUUUCCAAAUGUACUGUCAUCUGUAAAAUAAAACUUUAGGGUAUAAAUAAAAUAAAAUAAAACGGUACUGGCCUUUAACUUUCUGAGUACAGUUAUAUCCUACACAUAUUUAUAAAAUUCCUGCCAUGAGGUGCAUCUAAAGGUAUGCUUCCAAUUGCGCAAAAAUUAUAGAAAAGUUUUAAAAAAAUUAGAACAUUGUAUGACAUUUCAUCAUCAAGUCACACAGUCCAAUUAAUCUCUCUCGAUUUGAUCUAAGAAUAUACCCAGUAUGUUUAUGUAUCAAACGUCUAUUUAAUUUAAUGUUCAAUAAACAUGUAAUCUCUAUUAUUUCUUCACUGCCAAGUUUUAGGUGACUUGUAAAAUAUCAGAUUUUUAAACUGAAUUAUAAUCUUGUGUGGAGUAUUUAUAUGUUGUACUUGCAAUGAAAUUGCAAAAAAACUGUGAGAAAUCAUUUUAAUUCAUGUUUUUAUGUGAUUUCUUAGUUUUAUGUGCGUUGUGACCAAGUGAUGUUUACCCAUAUACAUUGUAACUGGUUAGUAUUCUACCACUGUGAUAAGAGUUGCUGGGUUACUGAAAUCCUGUAAUAAUGCAGAGAUUAAGGGGUUUUUUAAUGACAAUCACAUGUACAAGUUUUUAAAAUUUGUAUAAUUUGUGUGGUACCAUGAUACCAAAAAUCUGGUGGUACAUUAGACUAGAGAUGCACAGGAGAGAUUUGAAAUCGGCAUUUCAGUGUACUAAAUCAAGUGGAAAUAACUAUAGUCUUUUAUGCAUACAAAGGUUAUGGAAAACUCCCUGUCUGCACAUCCCAAAAAUUCCAGAUUUUUGUACUUUACUGUAUAUACCAUAUAAUUAUUUCUCAAACGUGCAUCAGCUAAUUACAGCAAGCAUGAUCUAAUUACCAAUAUGUGGUCAUGACAACUGCAAUUUCUCAAUUGAAAUUGAUCAGAAGGAUACAUAUGGGA